AUGGCAGAACAAAUCCCAGCCCCAAAACCGUUGAAACUCGAUGGAAAUGCAGCUGAAAAUUGGCGGCGUUGGAAGAAAGCCUUCGAGCUAUACAUGACCGCUACUGAGAAAGACAAAAAGUCGCAGAAAAUACAGUGUGCAACGUUUUUGACCUUGGCUGGCGAAACAGCGAUUACAGUUUACGAAACACUCACGUUUGAAGAUACAGAAAAAGAUAAAAUCGAGCCGUUAGUAGCGAAAUUUGAAGCGUAUUGUCUUCCAAAAAAAAAUGUCACGCACGAAAGGCAUGUGUUUAACUUGAGGAAACAAAAGCCUGACGAAUCGGUAGAGCAGUUUGUGACGGAACUGAAACGAUUAGCAAAGAACUGUGAGUAUGGAGAACUUACAAACUCGAUCGUUAAAGACAAGGAUUGUCGAAGGAAUCAGCAAUGA